UCGAUGUCCACCUGACCUGGGAUCUGUCAACUAGGUAUAACCUAAAAAAAUAUACAAUUAUAGAAAUAGAGUUCUUCUGUUUGUCUGUGUUGUUUUUAAAUUAUCAAAAUGUUGCCCCGUGUUUAUCACGUUCUAAAUGUUCUCAAAUCUAUUGAAAGGAAUAUAUUUCAGAUGUUUGUGCAUCCUCCAAGAGAGCUUGCUCUAGCGUACAUUCAUGAGAAUAAAACGCCAACACCGCAAAAGAAAUUUUCUUUGAAAGACCUUGUUGGGGAUGGAUUUCUAAUGGCUGUGCCGAAAUUCCGACGAACUGUUGAGAAAAGAUUGAAGCGAAAGUUUGGCUCGCCAGAAUACGUGUGGAAGAUGCUUGUCCCAAAAACGAAUAUCAAAGUUUGCAGUGACUGUGGUCACCACCAUGAACGUGGACGCCUUUGUGGAAAUUGUUACAAAAAAGUAGAGCAAGAAACAAAGGAAAUUCAAGCUAAAAUUAAGGAAAAGCUUGGCCUUGAACCUAUUGAAAAAGAUGUUGUCGUACUAUAUGAAGGAGAAAAUCUUCCAGAUGAGCCCAAGGAAUUCUGGCAAGGUAAAAGGAUAAUAGAAAUGAAAAAGGAGCGACCACAGUGGUUUAGCAAGAAUCUUCUCCAAAAAUCUACUCAACAGCCAUCCAAUGCCACCGACGUUAAACCUACAGACUUAGCUUAAUUACCUAUAAAUAGUUAUAUUAGUAGUGUUGGAAAAUUAAUAAAGUUAAUCACAUAUUUUA